CGGGGGAGGCUGACAUCACCACAGCAGCAGUCUUUAAACCCCUCAUCCAGCCAGCGCCCCAUCCUGUCUGUCCAAGUCCAGACAGAGCUGACUCCUUCCUUCAAGCCUUGAAGAGCCCCUCAGCUCCAAGGUGGGACCAGGUUGGUCUUCAUCGGAGGACUUUGAGGGAUUUCUUGGAACUCUCCACUGUCAGACUCUUCACCAGGAGGGACCAGGGAGGGGGUGGAGCUCUCCCUAAACAUGGCCAACAAGGGACCUUCCUACGGCAUGAGUCGUGAAGUGCAAUCCAAAAUUGAGAAGAAGUACGACGAGGAGCUGGAGGAGCGGCUGGUGGAGUGGAUUGUGGUGCAGUGUGGCCCUGACGUGGGUCGCCCAGACCGCGGGCGCCUGGGCUUCCAGGUCUGGCUGAAGAACGGCGUGAUUCUGAGCAAACUGGUGAACAGCCUGUAUCCUGAUGGUUCCAAGCCAGUGAAGGUGCCUGAGAACCCCCCUUCCAUGGUCUUCAAGCAGAUGGAGCAGGUGGCUCAGUUCCUGAAGGCAGCUGAAGACUAUGGAGUCACCAAGACUGACAUGUUCCAGACUGUUGACCUCUUUGAAGGCAAAGACAUGGCAGCAGUACAGAGGACCCUAAUGGCUCUGGGCAGCUUGGCAGUGACCAAGAACGAUGGGCACUACCGUGGAGAUCCCAACUGGUUUAUGAAGUAUGUGGCCACUGUCUGCAUGAGAAAGGUGUUGGACUGGGCUAACCCAUUAGUGAAAGCCCAGGAGCAUAAGAGGGAAUUCACAGAGAGCCAACUGCAGGAGGGAAAGCAUGUCAUUGGCCUACAGAUGGGCAGCAACAGAGGGGCUUCCCAGGCUGGCAUGACGGGCUACGGACGACCUCGGCAGAUCAUCAGUUAGAGGACGAGGGCCAGCCCCCAGUCCUUUCCUGCCCCGGCUCAUUGGCUGCAGCCAUCUAUCCUGCCUAGCCCACCUCACCCACACCCGUGUAAUUCCUUCAGCCCCGGCCAAGCUUCGAGUCUCCGAGGCUCUGUCACUGAGCAAAGGUGACUUGCGCUUGGGCAACUCUCCCCACCCUCCUCAGCCUCAGCUGAACUUCUUACCCCAAAGCACUGCUCCCUGGGCCCUCCUUCAACCUCCCACCACCUCUACUGAGCUGAGCAAGGGGGUGUGGGCUGGGGGUGGUCUGGGUGUGGGGCAAGUCCACUGCGCUCCUUGGCAGCAGAUGCCCAUUGAAGGAGACCCAGCCCAACCUCCCCCCAUUUUUUGCUGGAAUAUUUUGGGGGUUGAAAUUCAAGAAGGAAAAAAAAAUAUAUAUAUAUAUCU